AUGAAAUUCCAGAAGAGCACCGCUCCUCUGUUGGAUUGGAGUGCUGUCAGCUCGCGCCGAGAGUUCACCCCGCAUCCGCUCGGGGACAACAAGGUGAACGCCAUGCUGGCGGCCAGCUUCAAGGCCGGCUGGAAGGGCGGCGCCGCCACCAGCGAAGCGGAGAUCAAUGGGAACACCUCCUAUCAGGAUGCCUUCACAGGCUACCGGGGGGAUCGCUUGAAAUCCGCGAAGAUGAAGAGCGCCAAGCCCAAAAGCGGCCGGACCCGCACCAUCACAGGGAUGACUGACCUCCUAGAGACUCGUCCCCUAUCACACGUCAGCUUCCACGCGCAUCCGCAAGACCUGGCCAAAGCAGGGACCAUCCUGCUUCCCAAGCCAAAUCUUGGCUUCAUCUCCAAGUGGGAAGGUCCUCCAGAGCCACUUGGCACCGCAGAAAAACGACGCGGUCCUUCGUUCGUGCGAAAAAGGCAGAAUUCAUCGACCCUGAGUGGGAUCGACACGGAGCUCAGGGGGGCGUUUGAAACCCGAGACAUGUCGAAAGCUGCAGUGGUUGAGAAAACGUUGAGAGAACCAUUCCAUGUUUCUUGA